AUGUUAAGAAUUAGGAAUGUAGCCGAGACUCUGCGCCAUAUGUUUCCUCCCGAUUGGACCAACCCUCCAGGGAACUCGAGAACCAUCCAUAAAAUUGACAAGCAAGGGGAUCAUGCAGAACCAACCUCGAAGCGUUUUGCGAAAUCAUCGCCCUUUCAUAUCUUAGGUUCCCUUCCUACCAAUCCUAGUCAGGACCCAGACCCAGGCAAAUUCUCAAGUGCUGUCGAGCUGCCGCAAUUCCGAAAAUAA